GUGGGGAGCCGGCCGACCCCCGCAGCCUGGGGAAGUUCUAGAAGUGAGGGGGAUGGGCAGGAAUCCCGCAAUCCGGUCCUACUCCCGCUCGGCCUUUACCUGGCGCCCCUUCUCGCCAAUGAGGCCGGGUCGCGGGCCUGGGCUUGGUGUUUCACCCCGACCCCACCUCUGGCCCGGCCCGCGCGCCUCUUCAGCCCCCAGGGCCGGGCCUGCCCUCCACCCCCACAAACUGGUUUCUCUGCUUUGCUGGGCUCUGUUGGAACUAGUCCCUGUGACUCCCCGCUUCCAUUUAUUUUCCCGGGGCUUUAUUUUGCGGGGAGGGCACAGAGGAGAGUGGCUUUCUUCCUCUACCCCGCGCCAGCGCGCGCCAGGUUCCUGCCCCAAGGCGGGCUUGGGUGCCCCCUCUGGCAGGAAGUGGGGCCGGGUGCACCCGCGUGGCGGUGCAUGCGGUCGGGGUGCACCGGUUUCCCGCGCCUGCUCGAGCGCCCCUCCCCCCGCGCAUUCUGGCCCCUGGUCCCGCCGGUGGACCAGCAACGGCCAAGCGCAGACACUUGCAGAGUCACCCCGAGGCCGAGUGUGGGGAAGGGGGCCACAGGGACUUCACCAAACCGCCCCGGCGGCAUCUCAGCCAUCGCUCCUCCACCUGCUCCGUAGAGAAGGGAAGAUGAGCGAGUCGAGUUCGAAGUCCAGCCAGCCCCUGGCCUCCAAGCAGGAAAAGGACGGCACUGAGAAGCGAGGGCGGGGCAGGCCGAGAAAGCAGCCUCCGACCCUCCUGAGACCCCAGCAGAAGUGGGGACCAAGCCUCAGUGUCCCUCUGCUCACGCAGAAGGAGCCCAGCGAAGUGCCAACACCUAAGAGACCUCGGGGCAGACCAAAGGGGAGCAAAAACAAGGGCGCUGCCAAGACCCGGGAGAAGGAGGAAGAAGAGGGCAUCUCGCAGGAGUCCUCCGAGGAGGAGCAGUGACCGGGCCACCUGCUUCCUCACUGAGGAGCCAUUUCCUUCUGGGACUGGACAGCUCCGCUCCCACUGCCCCGCCCCCUCCCCCAGCCACCACCACCCAUCCGCGCCCGCCUGCACCGCCACACUACACAGCACACCAGCCGGGCCCUGGUGGCCCGAGUGGGGAGUUUUCCUUUGGUUUCGGUCCCCAGCACCCCUCACCCUCACGUGCAUCCCCCCAGCCUCCUGACAAAGCUGACGUCCCACUUAGCCGCACCCCAUGCCUGCUGCGUCCCUGCUCCCUGGGUGGUGGGGGCAUUGCUGACUGGGCUCCUGGUUUAGGGGGUCCCUUCCCCACUCUUACCUCUGGCUUCCCAUUAGGGGGCCUGGGAGGGUUCCCCUGGCCUUAAAGGGGCCUGAGCCCCAUCUCACUCUGACAUGCCCACUCCACUGUCCUGGCAGCAGCACCUGUGGCCAUGGAUAGGGUUGUUUGGCCCCAAGAUGCCCCAACCAACCUGUGUCUCACCAGGUGCGGCUCACACCCACUUUCCUUCCUUCCACGAGGCCCUAGCCCUGCACUAGGUUGAACAGCGCCCCCCUGGGGCACAGGAGGGAAGGCAGGAGGGGUGUGAGCCCCUGGCCCCAUCUGCUUCCACUCUAGGCCUCCAGUUUCCUCCCCCUCACAUGGGGCACUAACAAGGAGCUAGCCUUGCCCGCUCCCACCCCCUGCUCCUCCCCACCCCCCAAGGUUCUGGUUCCAUCUUUCCUCUGUUCACAAACUACCUCUGGACAGUUGUGUUGUUUUUUGUUCCAUGUUUCAUUCUUAGACAUCUGUCAUUGCUGCUGCUACCAGCGCCAAAUGUUCAUCCUCACUGCCUCCUGUGCUGCCCACACUCCCCUCCAAGAUGCUCUUGGGAAGGAGCCAGGGGCAAAGCAGGCUGGGAAUCGACUGCCCCAGUCCCAGGGAAGUGGGGGCUCUGCCCCUAGGAUGCUGCAGCUGAGUGAGCGGGGCCUGUGUUGACAGCGGAGAGUGUAGGGCCACCUUCUCCCCGUUCUGCCGGGAGGAGGUAGCCGUUAUUUGUCCCAGCCUGGGCCCCUCCCUCUGGUUUCCUACUUGCAGUUACUUGAAUAAAAAUAUAUCCUUUUCUGGA